AAACUAUUACUAUUAACCCUCCUUGGUGUCAAGUAUUGUUGGCGAGCUUGAUCAUAAAACAGAAAAUGCGUGUUGUCACUUCAUUUCGUAACAUUAUUACAGUUACUAACUUGCUACCUGUCUGGCACUGAGUUAGCGUAUUGCCCAGAUAAAAUGACGUUAGUGGACUACUUCAUUGCGUGUUCAUUUAUUAGUUUUAAUGGCAAUGUUACCAGGAACCUGCAAGCUGCAACUGAGCUGUUCCAGCGUCAUUUAAUUACAGCAGAAAACAGGACGUGAUUUUUUUUAUUGAUGUGCAAACGUUUUGACUACUCCGAGGCUAGAUGUAUCUUGGAAUCAUAUUGCGGUCUGUUUACAGAUACCCAUCUUCCUCUCUCUUCCAUACGCCUCUUGGUUCCACCGCUACGCUUGGCCUGUGCAGCCAUGUGGCAAAUGACACAGCGGGGAGAAAUAAUGCAUUAUGGGAAGCUGGAGGAGUUUGUGACGUUGGUGACUGAGACAGUCCCAGAACUUCUGACUGACAAACAAAGGGCCCAGCUCAUCCAAGGCCUGCAAACAAGGUUAAUUCUGGAGUUGUGUCGCAGCGAGCACUUGGCAGACCCACAGACCAUACAGGCCCAUGUAGACAGGAUCCAGGCCCAGGUGAGUGAAGCAGAAUCUGAAGUGUCGGACGCAAAUUUCCUGGAGCUGGUGCAGACCUUGCUGAAGAACCCAGCACAGAGAGAGCAGUUUUUCCAGGAGGUGUUCCCAGUGGAAUUUGGGCCAAAGUAUGAUGCCACUCUGCAGACAUUGGUGUGGGAGUUCUUCUCCAGACUGGAGCACCUGCUGCCAGUACCAGAUCUUACUCAGACAGCAUCCUUGCUCAGUGCUGCUUCCACAGGCCUGGAGGAGUGUGGGCAGUUUGCUUCUCAUCAACAGCAGCUCAAGACUCUGCUUCAGCACCACAAAUGCUUUGGACAGUUCACCACAAAUGUAGCUCUCCCUUCCAUGGAUGACUGCAUCGUCUCAUCUCUGUCUCUCCCUUCAUUGUCGGGGGUUGUGAUCACAUCUGAGCAGACCGACUCUGGGGGCCAGUCAGAAUCUGCGCACAGCUCUAUUGCUGUUUUAAGCUCCUCCUCUUUCAGCAAAGACGUGGUGUCGGAGUGUUUGAUUGACAGCACGGAUUACGCGGGGGUGGAGGUUGAGCUGAGGACCAGUGUAGGCUUAAGUGAGGGCGCAGAAGAGAGGGAGGAGGGCACGGCGGUGGCAGAAGAGGCAGAGAAUGGAGGGAUGAACCUUGAGGAUGGAGGAAUGGACACUAAAUGUGAAGAGACAGAGAACGAUGGACAGAGCGAGAGGAACGAGAAUGAGCAGAGGGACGGAGAGAAGGAAAACGAGAGGAAGGAACCGAGUGGCGGUAAUGACAUAAGUCACACACCCCAAACUGGCGCGACCCUCAGCGAGGCGAGGCUGUGGCCGUGGAAGGGGGCGGUUGUAACACACAAGAAGACGGGGAACAGCUUGGUGAUCACCCUGAAAUGCCUCCCCGAGUCACAGGAGAAAGGAAUGUGUUAUUUGUCGCCCUGUUCCAGAAACAUGAAUGGAGCCCGAAAUUUCUCACACAGGAAUGGGGAUGCAGGCUGGACCCUGGAGGCGAACGCGCGGGUCUUUGCCUGCUCUAAGUGCCUGGUCUUUCAUUCGGACGAAGGGUACCUCUACCAGCACAUCAAGACGGCUCACCCAGAGGAGUACAAGGAGUUCGUGUGGGCCGGAGACCGUAAAGCAGAAAACCCAGCGCCUCCUGGCGCUGCCCGUCCUGCCCCUGCCCCCGCCCCUGCCCCCGGCCCCGCCUUCAUUCCCGCCCCCAGCCCCGCCCCCGAAAGCCCGCCUCCCGUCCCGGCCAAGCCGGAGGCGAGCGGCCCGCGGAGCCACGCCUGCUCACAGUGCGGGAAGCUGUUCAAGUCGCCGUCGGACCGCACGCGGCACGAGCGCACGCACACGGGGGAGCGGCCGUUCCACUGCCCGCGCUGCGCCAAGCGCUUCAUCACCGCCUGGGACCUGACGCGCCACCAGCGCACGCACGCGGGCAAGCUGCCCUUCUACUGCGCGCAGUGCGGCGAGAGCUUCGGCUCCGCGGCCGAGCUGGCGCGGCACAAGCAGGUGCACCCGGACCGGCGGCGCUACGGCUGCCGGCAGUGCGGGCGGAGCUUCGACUCGCUGCUGGAGCGCUCGCAGCACCGGCAGACCCACGCCGUGCGGCGGCUGCACAAGUGCCCGCAGUGCGACAAGAGCUACACCCGCCCGUCCGACAUGCGGCGGCACCAGCGCAGCCACACCGGCGAGCGGCCCUACCGCUGCGCCCUCUGCGGCAAGACCUUCCGCUCGGCCACCGGCGAGAAGAAGCACCAGCAGACGCACACGGGCGAGCGCCCCUUCCCCUGCUCCCACUGCGGCAAGCGCUUCACCCGCCUGCCCAUCCUGGCCCGGCACGAGCGCAUCCACACCGGCGAGCGGCCCUACCUCUGCUCCAAGUGCGGCAAGAGCUUCCUCUCGCUGGGCGAGCUCUCCAAGCACCAGAAGUGCCACACGGAGGAGCGGCCCUACCUGUGCGCCCACUGCGGCAAGGGCUUCAAGCGCGAGGGCACCCUGCUGAAGCACCGCCGCACCCACACCGGCGAGCGGCCCUACCGCUGCCCCCGCUGCGACAAGACCUUCACCGACCGCUCGGGCCUCAACCGGCACGAGCUGGUGCACACCGGGGAGCGGCCCUACGGCUGCGCGCAGUGCGGCAAGGCCUUCCUGUCGUCGGGCGAGCUCCUGAAGCACCAGCGCUUCCACACGGGCGAGCGGCCCUUCGGCUGCGGGCUCUGCGGGAAGACCUUCACGCAGUCCUGCUACCUGAAGCGGCACGAGAGGAGCCACUCGGGCGAGAGGCCGUACGGCUGCCCGCAGUGCCGCAAGAGCUUCUCCUGCUCCACGCAGCUGAAGCGGCACGCCAGGGUGCACGCCGAGGAGAAGCCCUUCCGCUGCUCCGAGUGCGGCAAGGGCUUCAGCCAAUCGUGCCUCGCCAAGGCGCACCAGCUGACUCACGCGGUCGGGCAGAGCUGAGCCAGGCCUUCCUCCCUCUGAGGAAUGGCGAGGACAGACAUAGGACACAUAGGCAAGGAACGUUUGUGUGACGAUGUGUUCACAACGUGAUUUCUGUUUGAUGCGGUUUCUGAGCCGGCUAAUUUAAGACAUAUCAAAAUUGCUGCAUCACAGAC